GGGGGGGGGGGGUGUAAUUACGCCUUCUUCUUCUCUCACCUCUCCUGCGAAUCGGGCUAGAUAAUAUAAAAAGACAAGUGUUUGGCAUCUAGAACCAACUCUUUACAAAAAACAUUAUCUUUUUCCAUUAAAAUUAACCAAAGAACAAAGUCCAAGACACGCACUCUUUUUCAUCUUCACUCAUUUCUUUUCCUAUCGCAUAGCGAUCUCUUGUGAAUUACAAUUAACAAACAUCUAAAUAAUAUUCUAGUUGAACAAUGUCUGCUGUGCCUGCUUUCCGUUCUGUUCAGGCAGACUCUGCCGAAGUUGCUGCAUUAAAGUCCAAGUCCAACCUCGUCAGCGUGUCUCUCGGGUCCAAGAUAAUCUCAUUCAGCGACGAGUUCUUUGCCGAGGCGUCGAACCUGCUGAAGGAUGAAGAAGCGGUAUUUCUGCCAGAUGUAUUCACCGAGCGGGGCAAGCUGAUGGACGGAUGGGAGACGCGUCGGCACAACAAAAAGUACGACUGGACAAUUGUCCAGUUGGGAUACCCUGGUUCGAUCUUUGGGUUUGACGUGGACACAUCGCAUUUCACGGGCAACCAUGCGCCGGUAGUCAGCAUUGAGGGCGCCAACUGCAGCGAAGACGAAGUUAUCAGUGGUAAGGCGCAGUUCGAAGAGAUCCUGGCUAGGGUUGAUAUGAAUCCGUCGUCGCACCAUUACUUUGUGUACACAGCGCCCACCAAAGUGUACACGCACCUGCGGGUCAAUAACUACCCGGAUGGCGGAAUUGCGCGGCUGCGGGUGUACGGACAGGUUGUGCCGCAGGCGUUGGUCGUUAGCUCUGACGGGCUUGUGGAUCUGGCAUUUGUGGGUAAUGGCGGCCGUGCAGUGGCGUGCUCUAACCAACACUACAGCUCGCCGUCUAAUUUGGUCCUGCCUGGGCGCGGUAAGACAAUGGGCGAUGGGUGGGAGACGCGGAGAUCGCGGACGCCGAAUCACUCUGACUGGGUGGUGCUGAAACUCGGAAUCCCUGGUGUUGUGCGGAAUGUGGAGUUUGAUACGAGGCAGUUUUGCGGGAACUUUCCGCCGCUGGUUACCCUCCAUGGUACGGUCUCAGAGGAGGACACGCCGGCGGAUGAUGCGCGGUGGUUGGAGAUUAUUGGUGGUGUGCCACUGACUGCUGAUAAGCAGCAUUAUUUUGAGGCGGAGAAGCACCACGGUGUUGCGUUUACGCAUGUCAAGUUCACUAUGUAUCCUGAUGGAGGAAUCAAGCGCAUUCGCAUUAAUGGCCGCCCGGCUGUGUCCGCCUAAAAAAGGGGAGGGGGGCUUGCAAUUUUUAUUAUUAUUGCAAUUUUAAUUUUAAUUUUUUAUUUGCUCUCUCUCAAAUAUGCACAUGUUCACUUCAAAAUUCAUACAUGCGU